AGGCAGUGUCUUCGACAUUUUAGUGAUUUGUCCUUUUUUGGAUUGUUUUUAUUCUUGUCUUGGUUUUUUACUAGAGGGGCUUCUGUUUGAUCUUGGAACUGACCUAGAAGUAUGGCGGCUGUAACCUUCUCAGUACUUUUCUGAAGCGAUUGUUGAUCUUGUUGAUACCAAUGAUAAUAUUACUCGAUGAGUAGUUUUCUCUUAUCCUCACCCUCAUUUUCAUUUCUGAAGUAGAACUACGAUCGCUUUUGUUUGUCCACUUCCACUUACAAAAGAACCACAACAUCGAGAUCAACAAAAUGGUGGUAACAAGGACGAGUAGCAAGGACAGCAACGAUCGAAAGAAGUCGCCGCGUAAUAUGCUAGCAGAGGGGGCAAGUGAGGAGACACCAGGCGAUGGCCAAGGUCUUGAAAAGAAGAAGGGAGGCGCGCGUACGAAAAGCGCAAACUCCACUCCAAAGAGUGCCACAUCAGCAUCCUCGAAAGCAGGUUCACAAAACAGUAGCAAGAGCAAAGGUAAUACCACAGCGAGUGGAAGAGCAGGCAAGAGCACCCUUUGGUCCUUCAACGGUUAUGAUCAAGAUCUUUAAGUACAAGUAGAGUAGUACUACUUAGUGCUAAUCAAGAAUAUAGGGCAACAACAUUAGCUCGCAAUAUUUUUGAAUCUCGAAGUCAACCGCAUCAUGCCCAAUCUUCUCUUUGAACUGUUUAACAACUACUCACCAGCGUAAGCCAUUAGUUACUUACUGUAAAAUAGAAGGUCUUGGUAAAAGCUAACGCUUAUGGUAAUUCUGAGCUCGUCCUCUAAAGAUCGGAGCAAAACGACGAGCUGAAUUACCUUUUCGAUUUUAUGCAGCUCUUGAAGCAUCCGAUAGUGCUGAUAGCACUCGUAAUCCUUGUGGUCAUCUACG